AUGGUGUCAAAGAUGGCAGGACUAUCAGAUAAGGAGCGCAUUGGCUGCGCAAAGUUACUGAGCUUAAUGCCAGAAAGUGAUGUACGAUCGCUUUGUGAGACUGUCACAAGUAAAAAGAUCCAAGUAGAAACUACCCGAGCCGCAAUUGAAGCCAUUGUGUCUUACUCCAACGAUGCGGCGGAGCUUUUCAAAAGGAGGAAAGUGCAUCGAGAUAUAAUUUUCAAGUACCUCGCCAAAGAGGGGAUCGUCAUGCCAAAUAAUUGUGAUAAAACACUGCUAGUGAAAAGGACCUUAGAGCUUUGGUCAUCUGGAAAGGACUUCUCUCGUCCAGGCCCAGAGAUCCAGUCCACAGAAAUAAAGGCUGAGAUAAAGGCUGAGAUAACGGUUGAGCAAUCGAGUGAACAGUUUUGCCGGUGGUUCUUUCAGCUCCUAAACAGCCAGAACCCCUCCUUAGGCCAGGAGCCUCAAGACUGGGGACCACAACAUUUCUGGAUAGAUGCAAAACUAAAUCUUGUAUCUAGCGUGGGCAACCAACAUGUGGAGCAGAUCCAGGGCGCCGACCUGGUCCACCUGCGUCUCCUGGCCCUUGUCAAGGACGAGCGUCUGUUCCUCAACCCAAACCUGGAGCCCCACGGGCACCGGUUUAUGUCCUCCCCGCAUGGGCUGGUGCUGGUCGCCGUGGCCGGAACCAUCCAUCGGGACAACUGCUGGCUGGGGAUCUUCGAGCAGGUGUUUGGCCUCAUCCGGACGCCCAUGGAAAACACCUGGAAGAUAAAGUUCACGGAUCUAAGAGUCAGAGGGGCCGGGACUCAAGAUGGGGCAGAAGGAAUGUCACCAACGGUGACCUGUGACUUUGACGAGCUGCAGCGCCAACAUAGAUCCUAAUAAUCAGGGUAAUACUGAUGUAGGGAUUUGGAGGGUCCCUGGAUGCUUGGUCUCAUGACGGAGUCUCAUGCUUAGGUUUGCACAAUGAAAGACCAUAGGAUCAUAUGUAAAACUGUGCAAAGAAUUUAUUAGUUUAUGAUAUUAUACUAUUUCCGAGGGGUUAGUUUUAUUAUGUAUGGUUUCAUGUAUGCCUUAUCUUUUCAGAAAAUGUGGACGGGAAAAACUGAAAUCUUUUGCUUAUUUUUUAUGUGAACCAAUGGGAACAGAGAGAAAACAGUAAGUUAAUGAAGCCUAAAGCAGAUUCAUAAUGACCACUACAUAAAUUAAAAAUAAGUUAUUUCAAAACCGAUGUGCGAAAUGUAAAAAACAUUGUUUCAGUCUCUUAGGUGGAGGCACUUAGUCCACCAUAUCAUCAAGCAAUGAAAGAAGAAUUAUACAUUACAGAUAUUGUAAAAUCAGGCUGCCCCUCCAAUUAUGUGCAUUUAGGCAAGACGCUUACUCAUAAGAGAUAACAAUCUGAAACCAAAACCCUCUUUCAAAAACGUCUGUUGCUGCAAUAACGCGAAGAGCGCAUGAGUCACAAUUUCUGUAUGCUGCACACAUAUGGCCUUUGACAUGAUGGCAAAAAAGAAACGUACUUGAGUGGCAAAUGGGCACUCAAGUAAGUAAGAACAAUCACAUUAACGUUUUUGACUCAUACAAACCAGGCACGGCGUUAUGGGUGGGUCUGACGACCUAGGACCACCCACUGUUCAACAGGCCCACCCAAAACUUUUCUUCAAGAAAAUAAAAGUAAAGAUUAAU